CCCCGCCCUUGCUGGGAUGACCCCGGGGGCGAGUGCCCGGCCAGUGUGCUCCCGAAGCGGGCUGCGGUUCCGCUCGGAUCAGGCUUCAUGGCGGCGCGGCCACUGUCCCGGAUGCUGCGGCGGCUUCUGAGGUCCAGCGCCCGGAGCUGCAGCUCAGGGGCUCCGGUGACACAGCCCUGCCCCGGGGAGUCCGCGCGAGCUGCCUCGGAGGAGCUAUCCAGGCGGAGGCAGUUCCUGCGGGAGCAUGCAGCCCCCUUCUCCGCCUUCCUCACAGACAGCUUUGGCCGGCAGCACAGCUACCUGCGGAUCUCCCUCACAGAGAAGUGCAACCUCAGAUGUCAGUACUGCAUGCCCGAGGAGGGGGUCCCGCUGACCCCCAAAGCCAACCUGCUGACCACAGAGGAGAUCCUGACCCUCGCCCGGCUCUUUGUGAAGGAAGGCGUCGACAAGAUCCGGCUCACAGGUGGAGAGCCGCUUAUCCGGCCGGACGUGGUGGACAUUGUGGGACUGAGCUGGGUCUUCAUAGAGACAUACGUUUACAUAGCUUCUUGGAAACAACUGGUCUGGUGGCUGGAAGGGUGUAGUCAGUGGCACUGUCCAUGUAGCAAAGCCCAGCUCCAGCGGCUGGAAGGGCUGAGGACCAUAGGUGUUACCACCAAUGGCAUCAACCUGGCCCGGCUACUGCCCCAGCUUCAGAAGGCUGGUCUCAGUGCCAUCAACAUCAGCCUGGACACCCUGGUGCCUGCCAAGUUUGAGUUCAUUGUCCGCAGGAAAGGCUUCCACAAGGUCAUGGAGGGCAUCCACAAGGCCAUCGAGCUGGGCUACAACCCUGUGAAGGUGAACUGUGUGGUGAUGCGAGGCCUUAACGAGGAUGAACUCCUGGACUUUGCGGCCUUGACCGAGGGCCUCCCCCUGGAUGUGCGCUUCAUAGAGUAUAUGCCCUUUGAUGGCAACAAGUGGAACUUCAAGAAGAUGGUCAGCUAUAAGGAGAUGCUAGACACUGUUCGGCAGCAGUGGCCAGAGCUGGAGAAGGUGCCAGAGGAGGAAUCCAGCACAGCCAAGGCCUUUAAAAUCCCUGGCUUCCAAGGCCAGAUCAGCUUCAUCACAUCCAUGUCUGAGCAUUUCUGUGGGACCUGCAACCGCCUGCGAAUCACAGCUGAUGGGAACCUCAAGGUCUGCCUCUUUGGAAACUCUGAGGUAUCCCUGCGGGAUCACCUGCGAGCUGGGGCCUCCGAGCAGGAGCUGCUGAGAAUCAUUGGGGCUGCUGUGGGCAGGAAGAAGCGGCAGCAUGCAGGCAUGUUCAGUAUUUCCCAGAUGAAGAACCGGCCCAUGAUCCUCAUCGAGUUAUUUUUGAUGUUCCACAAUUCCCCACCAGGCAAUCCAAGCAUUUUCUCCUGGGACCCCCUCCAUGUUCAGGGUCUAAGACCCAGAAUGAGUUUCUCCAGCCAGGUGGCCACUUUAUGGAAAGGAUGCAGGGUCCCCCAGACCCCUCCUCUAGCCCAGCAGCGGCUGGGGUCUGGCUCCUUUCAGAGACACUACACUUCCCGUGCAGACUCAAAUGCCAACUCAAAGUGCCUUAGCCCAGGUUCCUGGGCUUCUGCUGCCCCCUCAGGACCCCAGCUAACCUCAGAACAACUAACUCAUGUGGACUCGGAAGGACGGGCAGCUAUGGUAGAUGUGGGCAGGAAGCCAGACACAGAGCGGGUGGCUGUGGCUUCAGCCGUGGUCCUCCUGGGACCUGUAGCCUUCAAGCUUGUCCAGCAGAACCAGCUCAAGAAAGGAGAUGCCCUAGUGGUGGCCCAGCUGGCUGGAGUCCAGGCAGCCAAGGUGACCAGCCAGCUGAUCCCUCUGUGCCACCACGUGGCCCUGAGCCACAUCCAGGUGCAGCUGGAGCUGGACAGCACACGCCAUGCCGUGAAGAUCCGGGCAUCUUGCCGGGCUCGGGGCCCCACCGGGGUGGAGAUGGAGGCCCUGACCUCUGCUGCAGUGGCCGCCCUCACCCUGUAUGACAUGUGCAAGGCUGUCAGCAGGGACAUCGUGUUGGAGGAGAUCAAGCUCAUUAGCAAGACUGGCGGUCAGCGGGGGGACUUCCAUCGGGCUUAGCACCUGCCCUUCUCACCCAUGGCCCACCCACGCCUGGAGCUGGGAUGCAAUGUAGGCUGAGGGAAAGACGUCAGGUUCCUUUAAUCACAGUCACUGUUUACCUUGAGCAGUAAACCCGAAGUCAGCCUGCUCUACUACUAACAAACAGGCCUGCUGCUAGAUGAUCUCUAAUGACCAAUGGGGCUUCCUUUCUAUAGGGAGGAUACCAGCAGGCCCUUAAGCCUUCCAGGACACUAAGGUCAUGGGAGCGGGACUGCAACAAGCAAUGCCAGAUAACUAACUGAGAAAUCAUGUUCUUUGUGGACUAUUUCAGACAACCAGGUUCCGACAGUCCAGCCCAGAACUUUUCCUUCUCAUUUUGGGUUUUCUCUUCUCCUACUUUCCUGGGGAGCGAGUAAGGGCUCAUUAAGCAGAGGAGCCCACUUUGAGGAGAGCAAAGCACAAGCUUGCCUAAAGAAUGGAUCCCAACUUCUCCCCGGCAGCUCUGCCUCCCUAAGUCUGUGAAGCCGCAGCCCUGCCCUGUCCUGUCCUGACUUCAUCUCUCCUUCUGCCCAAGUCUGUGUCCCAUCAGACUUGCAGCCUUUCAGCUUAACAGUUGCCCGGUCCUACUGGCCCCUUUUCCUCUGGCCCCCCUCUUCUGAAACAGGAUGUGCACACAUGGGCCAUAGCCCUAAGGACUCCUGCCGGACCACACAGCCCACACCUGGCCCUGUUCAUGGCUGUUCCACCCACCCCUCUUUAUUCUGGAGCAUAUCAGGGAAAGAAGAGUUGAUGAUAGAUUGCCUUCACCCUCACAGCGCACAAAUAAAGCUACGAUGCCAACUUUGCA